AAGUGGUUGCUACCGGUCUUUUUCCGGUUCCGCCCGCCGCGGCGUCACUGGCAUCCCGAGUCUGGGCCGUCUCGGAAGGAGAGGGUGGAGGCCGCGGCCAGCUGGAGGCGCAGUCAUGCCCCGGUAUUACGAGGACAAGCCGGAGGGCGGCGCGUGCGCUGGCGUGAAGGAGGAUCUGGGCGUGUGUCUGCUGCAGUCUGAUUGCGUGCUCAAGGAAGGAAAAUCCCCCCGGCAGUGUCUGAAGGAAGGAAACUGCAAGGCUUUGAAAUACUCAUUUUUUGAGUGUAAGAGAUCAAUGUUGGAUGCCAGAUCAAGAUUCAGGGGAAGAAAAGGAUAUUGAUACUACUAUGUUGAAACCAAGAUGAAAACAACAAAGGACUCUGGUCAUUAAACCAGAGAAGCCAAAAUAAGAAACAUACUUUUUGUUACAUCUGUUCAGGUGGACCAGUUUUUUCCUCCAUGAAACAAGAAAAUGGAUGAGUUCUGGUUUCCAGUAGGUAUAAAUGAUUCUCUUGCUCUAAGUUAUUCUUAGAAUAAAAAUUUAAUUGAAUAGUUGUGAGCUGAGAACAUAAUAGAUGUGUUUUAAGAACUGUUCUGAAGCACAGGGAAUGGAAAGAUUGUUAGUUUCCACUGACUUCUCAACCAGAUGACACAAUUUGUGCAUCCUUUGUCAGUACUGUGGAGGCCAGGGGUGGGACCGUGAGAAUCAGCAUGCAGCCUAAUGAGAAAAUAUCCGUCUGGAAGGUGUAGGCUAAAACUUUCUUUUAUUCAGAUUGUACUAUUUAGUUCCAAAAUAAAUUGUGUUUGACUGCUUGGUGAAGAAAUGCUUCCCCUGCACUGAUUCAUUCAGUAACAACCUCGAAACAUUAAUGUCACUCAUUAGGCAAAGCUGGGACUAUGCAGCCAGGCCUUCUGGCCUCCCUCUCCUGAGUUUUUUUCUGUUUCCUGACCUCAUUUUCAGGCUGGCCCUCUCUCCAAAAUGGGGAAGAGGCCAGUGUCCCGUCCCCCGCCGCCGCCCUCCCCCUGCCCCCCCGCCCCGCCAAAGCACACAUCCUUAAAGUCUCCUAACCAAAAAGAAGAAAGAUAACCUCCUUUUCUGGGGUCCACUAAUCAGAUCCCACAAAAGGACUCAUCUUCUCUGGAACACCUGCCUUUGAAUUGGACCAGUCCCUGUGGGAAAAGGGGCAGGACCCCAUGGUCUUGGCCAGGGCUGGGUCUUAUGCACUGUAUUUGGUGAUUCAUGGCAGAAUCACCUUGGUUGAGUGGUGGGUCUUAUCCUAAAAGGAAAGGAUUCAGAGCAAACUGAAACAGUAGGUGUUGACUUCAGAAGGCAAGACUGAAAAUUAUGAAAUACUUGAAAAAGUUUAGAAUCACAGUGAUUUUAUUCCAGUCACAUAAUACAGUAGAGCCAUAUAUGAAUCCGAGUUUCCAGUUUUAUUUUCAGGAUUGAAGAAUGAUGGAAGAGCCAUUGCUUCUUCAUAGGUCUGCAGUUCACUGGAGUUAGAGCAAUCAAGGUAUUCUGUAGCCCUUUGCUUUCUUAAAGGUUCACCUAAAGUGAAAAUUCUACAUCUGCACUGGUCCUUGUUGCAGAACAUCACUGAGGUCUAUUUUAUAUAUUAUUCAUUGGGAAAGAGAAAAUGAUAGAUUUUUUUCAAUAACUUGUAUAUUAAGUGCCACAACUUUUAUUAAAAGUUAAGUUUGUUAAGAAACUCAAAUUAUGUUAUAGAGCCCUAUCUUUUCUUAGUUACAGCUUUUUUGAGAGCUUCAUUGGGAGAAAUUCAAAUACCUUAAAAUUCACUCUUAAAGUAAAAAUUCAGUUUUUUUCUCUUAGUAGUCACAGAGUCAUGAAGCCAUCACCACUGUCCAAUUCCAGAGCAUUUAUAUCACUCCAGAGAGAAGCCCUAUCUCCAUUAGCAGGUAUUCCCUUCUCUCCUUGGGUACCCCAGUUCCUAGCAAUCACUUAUACAUUUUCUGUCUAUAGAUUCACUUAUUCUAGACAUUUCAUAAACUUAGAAUUAUGUAAUAUG